GCGUCUUGGCUGCACACCUCAACUCGCCUCACUCAGGCUCGGUUCAAAGUGAUUCUCUUCUGCUGUUGUCCGUGAACUGUGCUCUCUUUUGCCUCCUCGGGGGUCAGCGAGGUCAACACACAGCGGUCACAAGUGGCGCCUGGCUGUACGUUUCUGUCCUGAGCAGGAAAAGGUGGCAGCCAUGUUGCGAGCACUGCGUCACCGAGGCCGCAGCACAUGGAGCUGCCUCGCAGUGCAGUGCCGCUACCAGCACCACAGAGCAGUGAUAGCCAUCCGCCGAGAGGACAUCAACCCCUGGGAGAGGAGAGCCCCGCUGGCCCCCCGUCACGUCAAGGAGCUCACCCACGCCGGCGUCAAAGUCCUGGUGCAACCGUCCAACCGCAGGGCUAUACACGAGAAAUACUAUGCAAAGGCAGGAGGCAUUAUUCAAGAGGAUAUUUCCGAAGCCUCUCUCAUAGUGGGAGUAAAGAGGAUGCCUGAGGAUGUGGUGAUGCCGAAGAAGACAUAUGCCUUCUUUUCACACACCAUCAAAGCUCAGGAGCCCAACAUGGGACUCCUGGAGGAUCUGUUAAAGAAGGACGUUCGCCUGAUAGACUAUGAGAAGAUGGUAGAUGCUAAUGGUUACCGAAUUGUGGCUUUCGGUCAGUGGGCUGGAGUUGCAGGAAUGAUCAAUAGUUUGCACGGACUGGGACUGCGGUUUCUUGCCUUAGGUCACCAUACUCCUUUUAUGCACAUCGGUAUGGCUCAUAACUACAGAAAUGUGAGUCAAGCCAUCCAGGCGGUGCGGGACUGUGGCUAUGAAAUCUCCAUGGGACUGAUGCCGAAGUCUAUUGGCCCAGUAACUUUCUGCUUCACAGGAACAGGAAAUGUAUCAAAGGGAGCCCAGGACAUCAUCAAUGAGCUUCCUGUCGAGUAUGUUGAGCCACAUGAGUUAAAAGAUGUUUCAGAAACUGGAGAGCUGACCAAAGUCUAUGCCACUGUGUUGAGUCGACACCACCACCUCAUGAGGAAAAGUGACGGCAUGUAUGACCCUAUGGAGUACGAGAAUCACCCUGAACUGUACACGUCCCAUUUCAGGACCAGUGUAGCACCUUACACCACCUGUCUGAUCAAUGGUAUUUACUGGGACCCACACACUCCGCGCCUCCUCAGACGUCUGGAUGCCCAGAAGUUAAUGAGACCGCCCAAAAACUCCCCCUGGCACAACGAAGGCUCACCUGCUCUCCCUCACAAACUUUUGGCCAUCUGUGACAUAUCCGCCGACACGGGUGGCUCCAUAGAGUUCAUGAACGUAUGCACCACCAUCGACAAGCCCUUCUGUAUGUACGACCCAGACCAGCACAUCGACCAUGACGGUGUUGAAGGAAAUGGGAUCCUCAUGUGCUCCAUUGACAACCUGCCCGCACAGCUGCCCAUUGAGGCCACGGAGUACUUUGGAGACCGCCUUUUCCCCUAUAUUUGGGAGAUGCUGCCCUCAGACGCCACAAGACCUUUGGAAGAAGAAGAAUUCAGCCCACAAGUCCGAGACGCUGUCAUCACUUCAAAUGGGAAACUCACACCCAAGUUUGAGUAUAUAGACAAGCUCCGGGAAGAACGAGAGAAGGCUCAGAUCAUGAAGAAGAGUGGGAUGAAGCGUGUGUUGUUGCUGGGGACAGGGUAUGUGUCCGGGCCCGUCGUGGAGUACCUCACCCGGGACGACAAGACACAGGUCACAGUGGCUUCUGUGAUGCUGAGACAGGCUGAGGAGCUGGCAGCCGUAUACCCCAACACCAUCCCUGUGGUGCUGGACGUGGGCAGCCAGGAAGGGCAUCUGGACUCGCUCAUCAAAGACCAUGACCUGGUCAUCAGCCUUCUGCCGUACACACUCCAUCCUCUGGUGGCAAAGCACUGCAUCCAAAGGAAGAAGAACAUGGUGACUGCCAGUUACCUGAGCCCUGACAUGAAGGCACUGGAGAACAGUGUUCUGGAGGCUGGUAUCACCAUAGUGAAUGAGAUGGGACUGGACCCGGGCAUUGACCACAUGUUGGCCAUGGAGUGCAUUGACCAGGCCAAAGCUGAUGGAUGCACAGUGGAGUCGUACAUCUCAUUCUGCGGUGGGCUCCCUUCUCCGGAGUGCUCUGAUAACCCUCUGCGCUACAAGUUCAGCUGGAGUCCCUAUGGAGUCCUCAUGAACACCAUCAGCACAGCCGUCUACCUGAAGGAUGGAAAGGUGGUGACUAUCCCAGCUGGUGGGUCUCUGAUGGAGUCUGCGGCUGACAUGGACUUCUUCCCUGGGUUUAACUUGGAGGGUUACCCCAACAGAGACAGCACCAAGUACGCAGAGCCUUAUGGGAUCCAGAGCGCCCACACCCUGCUCAGAGGAACACUACGCUUUAAGGGUUUUUCUAAGGCCAUGAGUGGUUUUGUCAAGCUGGGCCUGAUCGACAGCCAGCCCUGCCCUCUCCUGGAGCAGAACUCAGUUGCUGUGACCUGGAAGGACAUCCUGUGCAGACAAAUGGGCGUGUCCUCUUCUCUGUCCCAGGAGGCUUUUGAAGAGGCCGUGUCUGAGCGCGUUGGGAGGGACAGCUUCAGAAUGGACACACUCAGAUGGUUUGGGAUGCUGAGCGACGAAGUGGUGCCUCACGCAGACAGUGUGCUUGGAGCUCUGACCAAACAUCUGGAAGCCAAGCUCUCCUUUGCCAAGGGUGAGCGAGACAUGAUUGUGAUGAGGAACGACCUGGGCCUGAGACACCCCACAGGAGAGCUGGAGACUAAACACAUCAGUCUGGUGGUGUACGGAGACCCCAGCGGCUUCUCCGCCAUGGCCAAGACUGUGGGCUACCCUGCCGCCAUAGCUGCACGCAUGCUACUCGAUGGUGAGAUCCGUACCAAAGGGCUGGUGAUCCCCAUGACAAAGGAGGUCUAUGGUCCAGCUCUGGCCCGACUCAAAGAAGAAGGAAUCCACAUCGUCACAAAGUCCACGCUCCAGGAGUAGGUCAUGAUGUUUGCAAAGGAUCAAUGGGAAAAUACUGCUGCUGAUUUUAAACAUUUACUUUAAACAUUUACUAUCUUAUUUUCAAAGGCACAUUUUAAACUGACUGCACAUGUGUUGUCUUUUAUUUCACUCCACAGAGAUCAAAUCUAAAACACAUUUUGUUUAACUGUACAGUAAAUGUGAUUUUGGUUACUAAAUAUCACAUACCAUUUUGCACAACUUGAAAUAUAGACACUGAAAAAUAAUGAGCAAAGGAAACCUCCUGAGUCACCAGUUUUGUGAUUCUAGUACCUAAUACUACAUAUUAUGUAUUACAAUUUUAUAAACGGUUCAUAAGGUAAAGCACUGUCCCACUGUCUCGCAGUAGUGCAUGAAGAUCAUUAAGAGUAAAUCUGAUCUGUUUUGAUGUACUUACAGGAUAUCUCUGUAAAGGAUUUGUAAAUGUACACACAGUGGACUUUUUCUGUAUAUCUUGUAACUAAGACACCAAAUCUUUCUGUUGAUUAAUGAUCAUAUUGUUUACAUUUGUGGUAAGAAAGUUUAUUUCUGCUUGCCCUAUUUUCACUAAAAACCUCAUAAGCAAGGCCUUAAACUAGUCUUGGUAAUUGUAACAGUAUUAUUUCAUUAUUGUAAAAUGUUAAACACUUUGAAAUGACACUCUUCCCACAGAAGCCCCUGCACACUGAUCUUCAGUCCCGCAUAAUGAGGCUAUGUGACUAACUGCUUAUUCGGUAGUUUUACUUUUUGUUUUAUUUAAAAUAUUAAGUAUUUAUUUCCUUCACCAAAUGAUACUUGCUGUACAUUUUGAGACUGAAAUUGCAUUAUAAAUGGUUUGUCCCAUGUUUUAAAGGCUUUUUAAAGAACACUUAUUUUCCAUGUAUUUUUAUAUACAUAUAGUGUAAAAUAUUUUAUACAUGUACAUGGAUAUAGAUCAAUGGACAAGUCAAGUUCUACGCAGUCUGAAAGGAAAUGGUCAUCAUUCACUCAUCAAACCAUCUGUGUGUGACGUGUGAACUAUGUCAUGCAAACGGUUUGUCUUAUAGAUUUUUAUUAAACAUUAAAGUUAAAUUUGAAUUUC